AUGACGGAUAUGCUGCGCGGGAUCGAGGUGGAGUUGCUGGACCAGGAGGGUGUGCCCCUCCCAAAGCAUCGCGACGUCACUGCAGAUCACCGGACAUACGUCAUCGCUUCCCCGAACCGAGAGUACACCAUUGAGGUACGGAGCCCCUUCGUGGAUUGCCUGGCGACGGCUUCUGUGGAGGGCCACCGUGUCCUGUGCAAUGAGGACAGCUUCCUUCCGGUAUGGCGAGGCAAAAGCCGCACGUUCCAGGGCUUUGAAACGCAGCGAGUGGUGCAGCAGGCGGCGCAAGGCUCAGCAAUGGAUCUGCGAACCACCUACCGGCCCUUCGUCUUCACGGUGCCAGAAGGCCAGGAGGAUGCCGAGACGUCGGCUCUUCGAUGUGUCGAGGUGGAGCUGUUUCGAGCUGAAAAGGAGCUGGUUCCAUGGCACCGUGGGCGCGCGGCCUGCGUGCAGAAUCGGGUGGACAACCCGACCAGGCCUAUGUUGGCCACCCACGAGCGCAAGAACUACGAAGUCAGCGGCGAGGAGCCAAUCGCCACCAGACCCGGAGACCCGGUGACCACAACGCGGCGCGCAGGGGGUGGCUACCUUUGGCAAGGAAAUCGCAAGAUGAGGGAGAAGCUGAAGAAGGGCGACUCGCUUGGGCGCAUCGUGAUCCACUACGUCGGCUUUGACCAAGCCAGUCGACUCAGGCCGCUGCCGAGAGCUUCGAGGGCAGAACCGGCCCCUUCGUGGGCUGGCGCCCACGGUGCAGCCCCGGCAGACGAUUCACUUGGCCCUCGCGUCGUUGUGGACGCACCGAAUGUGGCGCGCUACUUCGCUGCUGGCGGUGCUCGGGGCAGGCUGGCCGACCUGGACCCUUUCGUCUUGGAAGGUGUGCUGGACGACAUCGUAGCUGUGGCACCGGAUGUGGUGCUGGUCCUUGUCUUCAGCAUUGCUUCAGCGGCUGGCCUCAACGUCGGAAGAUUGCGAGAUCGCUACCCCGGCCGACUAACGCUGCGUUGCUGCUCUCAUGGGGAGGACCCCGACGAAGUUGCCUUGCAAGCGGCCGCCGCGCCUGGAUCGCGCGGCUGCAUCCUUUCAAAUGACCACUUUCAAGACUACGUCGACAGAGGAAUCGUCUCAGCGAACUGGCUGUCUGGAUUCCGCAUGGGCUUCGAGAUUUCCGACGACUCGACAACAUUUCUCCCCCCAGCGCCUCAUCAGCGGCUGCCAGACUUUCUGGCAGCCCUGCAGCGCCAGGGCCAGGUGCUCGGCUCUGCCGGCGCUGACCCUCCACAGACGCCUUCUCCGGCAGCACAGGGCCCAGCGGAGCGAUCUUCUGCGAGAGAGGAGGUGGGUGAGGGCGAGGAGGCGCUGGGUGUCGAGGAGUAUGCUCUUCAACGUGCCUUGGAGCACAGCAUGAGUGCUCUGGACAUCGCGGAUGCCGACCUAGACUGGGCGAUUGCGGCGAGUCUGGCAGAGCAGGAAGAGGCGCCCGCCGAGGAGCUGUUCGAGAUGGGCGGGCUAAUGGUCAGUGAGGAGGAGCAGCUGCGAUGGGCCACAGAGGCCAGCCUCACUUCUGCCUUCCAUGGGUCACCUGAGCCGCAGCCGGUUUAG